AUGAAUGCGACCGAUCCGGAAAUACUGGUGGCAAAUGGCCAACUCUACAAUUUGCACAAAGGACCCAAAUACACAUUGGAGCCAGUAGGCGCCGCUUAUAACAUUGUCCUUGAACUGAAUGCGUCCUAUGAAAACAGCUCACUAUAUAACAUCAGUGAUGAAACAAAAGAACCGUGGGGUGAAUACGUAACCCUCCUACAGGAUCGAGCAGUUCUAGUUAUUUUCCUCCUCCUGUUCUCCUUGACAACUGUAUUUGGCAACAUGCUAGUCAUAUUAGCCGUGAUACGAGAACGAUACUUGCAUACAUCAACGAACUACUUCGUGACAUCCCUGGCUGUAGCUGACUGUCUAGUAGGACUCGUCGUAAUGCCCUUUUCUGCCCUUUAUGAGGUCCUAGAACAUACGUGGUUCUUUGGCAUGGAUUGGUGUGAUGUAUGGCGUUCCCUGGACGUAUUAUUUAGUACAGCCUCGAUACUAAAUUUAUGCGUUAUAUCGUUGGACCGGUAUUGGGCUAUCACGGACCCUAUUACAUAUCCGAUGCGAAUGAGCGGACGGAAGGCGGCAUUUCUUAUAGCAGCAGUUUGGGUUUGUUCCGGAGCAAUAUCCUUUCCUGCGAUCGCAUGGUGGCGUGCCGUCCGCUUAGAGGAAGUUCCGGACUAUAAAUGCCCUUUUACGGAAAACUUAGAGUACAUAAUAUUCUCAUCGACUAUAUCCUUUUAUUUGCCACUUUUUGUGAUGGUGUUUACAUAUUACCGCAUCUAUCGUGCCGCGACAAUACAGACGCGUUCGUUGAAGAUCGGCACAAAGCAAGUGAUGCGUCCUAGUGGGGAGUUAGAAUUGACUUUACGGAUUCACAGGGGUGGUACUAUGAGACAGAGAAGUGAGGUGUGUCAUGGUGUAUGUACUCCUGAAGAGCCUGACCAGGAGCCUCUAACUGCGUUGCAGAACAAUGGUUUGUCACGGUCAUCGACCCGGCUUACCAAUGUGACGCAUAACAAACAUUUGCCCAAAAACUUUUCGCUUUCCCGUAAACUAGCAAAGUUUGCGAAGGAGAAGAAAGCUGCUAAGACGUUAGGUAUCGUUAUGGGAGUGUUUAUAGUGUGUUGGUUACCUUUUUUUGUGGUGAACUUGCUUUCGGGAAUUUGCUCUUCGUGCAUUGCACAUGAGGAGAUUGUGAAUGUUGUGGUCACGUGGUUAGGCUGGGUCAACUCUUCAAUGAACCCGGUAAUUUAUGCGUGUUGGAGCAGAGAUUUUAGAAGGUGA